AUAAGCAUCUCCAGCGCAGCGUGGGGACUCGAGCGAGGUUAAGAGGAAGGGUGUGUGAAGGAAGGACCACCGGGGACCUCAGAGCGCGCUCGGAUGUCGGUAUCCCCGGGGCCAGGGAUGCCCUCUGCAUCUUUAUUGAUAAAUCUUCUUUCAGCUUUACUCAUCCCUUUUGUGUUUGGAGAAACAGAAAUAAGGUUUGCCGGACAAACAGAAUUUGUAGUUAAUGAAACAAGUACAACAGUUAUUCGUCUUGUUAUCGAAAGGAUAGGAGAACCAGCAAAUGUCACAGCCAUUGUAUCGCUGUAUGGAGAGGACACUGGCGACUUUUUUGACACAUAUGCUGCAGCUUUCAUACCUGCUGGAGAAACAAACAGGACGGUGUACAUAGCAGUAUGUGAUGAUGACUUACCAGAGCCUGAUGAAACUUUUAUUUUUCACUUAACAUUACAGAAACCUUCAGCAAAUGUAAAGCUUGGAUGGCCGAGGACUGUUACUGUGACAAUUUUAUCAAAUGACAAUGCAUUUGGAAUUAUUUCAUUUAAUAUGCCUUUCUCCGUCACAGUGAGUGAGCCCAGGGGCAGAAAUGAGUCUGUGCCUCUCACUCUCGUCAGAGAAAAAGGUACCUAUGGGAUGGUCACUGUGACUUUUGAGAUAGAGGGUGGCCCAAAUCCACCGGAAGAAGAUCUGAGCCCAGUUAAAGGGAACAUCACCUUUCCCCCUGGCAGAGCGACAGUAGUUUAUAACUUGACAGUACUUGAUGAUGAGGUACCCGAAAAUGAUGAAACAUUUUUAAUUCAACUGAAAAGUGUAGAAGGAGGAGCUGAGAUUAAUACUUCUAGGAGCUCAGUUGAGAUCAUCAUUAAGAAAAAUGAUAGCCCCGUGAGAUUCAUCCAGAGUGUGUAUUUGGUACCCGAGGAAGACCACAUACUCAUAAUUCCAGUGGUUUGUGGGAAAGAUGACAGUGGAAAUCUGAUUGGAUCUGAUGAAUAUGAAAUUUCAAUCAAUUAUGUUAUUGUAACCGGAAAUUCAACAGCACAUGCCCAGCAAAAUUUAGACUUCAUUGAUCUUCAGUCAAACACAACUAUUGUUUUUCCACCUUUUAUUCAUGAAUCACACCUGAAGUUUCAAAUAGUUGAUGAUACCAUACCAGAGAUUGCUGAAUCAUUUCAUGUUGUGCUGCUAAAAGAUACCUUAAAGGGAGAUGCUGUGCUAUUAAGCCCUUCUAUUGUACAAGUCACCAUUAAGCCAAAUGACAAACCUUAUGGAGUCCUCUCAUUCAACAGUGCCUUAUUUGAAAGGACAGUUAUAAUUGAUGAAGAUACAACAUCAAGAUUUGAAAAUAUUACGGUGGUUAGAAAUGGCGGCACCCAUGGGAAUAUUUCCGUGAACUGGGUACUGACACGGAAUAGCACCGAUCCCUCACCGGUAACAGCAGACAUCAGCCCAAGUUCUGGAGUUCUCCGUUUUGCCCAAGGGCAGAUGUUAGCCUCCAUUCCACUGACUGUCGUUAAUGAUGACAUUCCAGAAGAGGCAGAAGCUUACCUCCUUCAGAUUCUGCCCCACACAAUACAAGGAGGUGCAGAAGUGAGUGAACCAGCAGAGCUUUUGUUCUACAUCCAGGAUAGUGAUGAUGUUUAUGGCCUCAUAACAUUUCUUCCUAUUGAAAACCAGAAGAUUGAAAGCAGCCCAGGAGAACGAUAUUUAUCCUUGAGUUUUACAAGACUAGGAGGAACUAAAGGAGAUGUGAGGAUGGUUUAUUCUGCACUUUAUAUUCCUGCUGGAGCUGUGGACCCUUUGAGAGCAAAAGAUGGCAUCUUAAAUGUAUCCAGGAGAAAUAGCCUCAUUUUUCCAGAACAAAAAACUCAAGUCACUUCAAAAUUACCGAUAAGAAAUGAUGCAUUCCUUCAAAAUGGGGCCCACUUCCUAGUGCAGUUGGAAACAGUGGAGUUGGUGAACAUAAAUCCCCCAAUCCCACCUAUCAGUCCUAGAUUUGGGGAAAUCAGAAAUAUUUCAUUAGUGGUUACUCCAGACAUUGCAAAUGGAGAAAUUGGCUUUAUUAGCAAUCUUCCGAUCAUUUUACAUGAACCAGAAGAUUCUGCUGCUGAAGUGGUAUACAUUCCCUUACAUCGGGAUGGAACUGAUGGCCAGGCUACUGUCUAUUGGAGUUUGAAGCCCUCUGGCUUUAAUUCAAAAGCAGUGACCCUGGACGAUAUAGGUCCCUUUAAUGGCUCUGUUGUAUUUUUAUCUGGGCAAAGUGACACAACGAUCAACAUCACUGUCAAGGCUGAUGACGUACCGGAAAUGAAUGAGACGGUAACACUUUCCCUAGACAGGGUCAACGUGGAAAAUCAAGUGCUGAAAUCUGGGUAUACCAGCCGUGACCUUAUUAUUUUGGAAAAUGAUGAUCCUGGGGGAAUUUUUGAAUUUUCUCCUGCUUCCAGAGGACCCUACAUUAUACAAGAGGGAGAAUCUGUAGAGCUCCACAUCACUCGAUCCAGGGGAGCCCUUGUUAAGCAGUUUCUACGCUACUGGGUAGAGCCAAGAGAUAGCAAUGAAUUCUAUGGAAACACAGGGGUCCUGGAAUUUAAACCCGGGGAAAGGGAAAUUGUAAUCACCUUGCUAACAAGAUUGGAUGGGAUACCAGAGUUGGAUGAACACUAUUGGGUGGUCCUCAGCAGCCAUGGUGAACGGGAAAGCAAGUUGGGAAGUGCUACCGUUGUCAAUAUAACAAUUCUGAAAAACGAUGAUCCUCAUGGGAUUAUAGAAUUUGUUUCUGAAGAUCUAAUUGUUACAAUAAAUGAAAGUAAAGGAGACGAUACCUAUAGUGCUGUUUAUGGUUUAAUAAGAAAUCGAGGCAAUUUUGGUGAUGUUAGUGUAUCCUGGGUGGUUAGUCCAGACUUUACACAAGAUGUAUUUCCUGUCCAAGGAACUGUUUUCUUUGGUGAUCAGGAAUUUUCAAAAAAUAUCACUAUUUACUCCCUUCCUGAUGAGAUUCCAGAGGAAAUGGAGGAAUUUACCAUUACUCUACUUAAUGCCACUGGAGGAGCUAAAAUAGGAAAUAAGACUACAGCGACUCUGAGGAUUAGAAGAAAUGAUGACCCCAUUUAUUUUGCAGAACCUCGUGUAGUGAGAGUUCAGGAAGGUGAGUCGGCUAACUUUACAGUUCUCAGAAAUGGAUCUGUUGAUGUUGCCUGCAUGGUCCAGUAUGCUACGAUGGAUGGGGAGGCUACUGCCAGAGAGGGAGACUUUGUUCCUGUUGAAGGAGAAACGCUUGUUUUCGAGGUUGGAAAUAGAGAGCAGAGGAUAUCUGUAUUCAUUAAGGAAGAUGAUAUCCCAGAAACAGAUGAGUCCUUUUAUAUAAUCCUCUUUAAUUCAACAGGUGAUACAGUAGUAUACCAGUAUGGAAUAGCUACAGUGAUAAUUGAAGCUAAUGAUGACCCAAAUGGCAUUUUUUCUUUGGAGCCCAUAGACAAAGCAGUAGAAGAAGGAAAGACUAAUGCAUUUUGGAUCGUGAGGCACCGAGGACACUUUGGCAGUGUUUCUGUGGCUUGGCAGCUGUUUCAGAAUGAUUCUGCAUUGCAGCCUGGACAAGAGUUCUAUGAAACUUCAGGAACUGUUAACUUUAUGGAUGGAGAAGGAGCCAAACCAAUAAUUCUUCAUGCUUUUCCAGAUACAAUUCCUGAAUUCAAUGAGUUUUUUAUUUUAAAGCUAGUAAAUAUUUCAGGUGGGUCCCCAGGUCCUGGGGGCCAACUAGCAGGAACCAACCUCCAGGUCACAGUAAUGAUUCCAUUCAAUGAUGACCCAUUUGGAGUUUUUAUCUUGGAUCCAGAGUGCUUAGAGAGAGAAGUAGCGGAAGAUGUUCUCUCAGAAGAUGAUAUGUCUUAUAUCACCAACUUUACCAUUUUGAGGCAGCAGGGUGUCUUUGGCGAUGUACGCGUAGGCUGGGAAAUACUGUCCAGUGAGUUCCCUGCUGGUUUGCCUCCAAUGAUAGAUUUUUUGCUGGUUGGAAUUUUCCCGAGCACUGUGCCUUUACAACUGCACAUGAGACGUCACCACAGUGGAACAGAUGCUUUGUAUUUCAGUGGAGUAGAGGGUGCAUUUGGAACUGUUAAUCCAAAAUACCAUCCUUCCAGGAACAACUCAAUUGCCAACUUUACCUUUUCAGCUUGGGUAAUGCCCAAUGCCAAUACCAAUGGAUUUGUUAUAGCAAAGGAUGAUGGCAAUGGAAGCAUCUAUUAUGGGGUGAAAAUUCAAACCAAUGAAUCCCAUGUGACACUUUCCCUUCAUUACAAAACUUGGGGCUCCAAUGCUACCUAUACUGCCAAGACAACAGUCAUGAAAUAUUUAGAGGAAAAUAUUUGGCUUCAUCUUCUCAUUAUUCUGGAUGAUGGUAUAAUUGAAUUCUACCUUGAUGGAAAUGCGGUGCCCAGAGGAAUCAAGAGUCUGAAAGGAGAAGCCAUUACUGAUGGUCCUGGAACACUGAGAAUUGGGGCGGGAAUGAAUGGCGAUGACAGAUUUACUGGUCUGAUGCAGGACGUGAGGUUCUAUGAGCGGAAACUGACCCUUGAAGAAAUUUAUGAACUUCAUGCCAUGCCAGCAAAGAGCGAUUUACACCCUGUUUCUGGGUAUCUGGAGUUCAGACAGGGAGAAACGAACAAAUCCUUCAUUAUUUCUGCAAAAGAUGACAAUGAAGAGGAAGGAGAAGAGUUAUUCAUCCUUAAACUAGUCUCUGUAUAUGGAGGAGCUCGCAUAUCUGAAGAGAAUACUACAGCAAGAUUAAUAAUACAGAAAAGUGACAAUGCCAAUGGCUUGUUUGGUUUCACAGGAGCUUGUAUACCAGAGGUUGCAGAGGAGGGAUCCACCAUUUCAUGUGUAGUGGAGCGAACCAGAGGAGCUCUGGACUAUGUGCAUGUUUUUUACACCAUCUCUCAGAUCGAAUCUGAUGGCAUUAAUUACCUUGUUGAUGAUUUUGCUAAUGCCAGCGGCACUAUCACAUUCCUCCCUUGGCAGAGAUCAGAGGUUCUCAAUAUAUAUGUUCUUGAUGAUGACAUUCCUGAGCUUAAUGAGUAUUUCCGUGUGACGUUGGUGUCUGCAGUUCCUGGAGAUGGGAAGUUAGGUUCCACUCCCACCAGUGGGGCAAGCAUAGAUCCUGAGAAGGAAACGACAGAUAUCACCAUCAAGGCCAGUGAUCAUCCCUAUGGCUUGCUGCAGUUCUCCACGGGGCAGCCUCCUCAGCCUGAGGACAUGAUGACGCUGCCCGCCACCACCGUUCCACAGGUCACUGUGAAGGAGGAAGAUGGAGAAGUUAGGUUACUGGUCGUCCGUGCACAAGGACUGCUAGGGAGGGUUACGGCGGAAUUUAGAACAGUGUCCCUGACAGCAUUCAGUCCUGACGACUACCAGAGUGUUGCUGGUAUCUUAGAAUUUCAACCAGGAGAUAGAUACAAAUACAUUUCUGUCAACAUCACUGAUAAUUCUAUUCCUGAAUUGGAAAAAUCUUUUAAAGUUGAAUUGUUCAACUUGGAGGGAGGAGUGACUGCUGAACUCUAUAGGGUUGAAGGCAGUGGUAGUGGUGAUGGGGACAUGGAAUUCUUCCUUCCAACUAUUCACAGACAUGCCAGUCUAGGAGUGGCUUCCCAAAUUCUAGUGACAAUCGAGGCCUCUGACCACGCUCACGGUGUAUUUGAAUUUAGCCCUGAGUCGCUUUUUGUCAGCGGAACUGAGCCAGAAGACGGGUGCAGCACUGUUACAUUCAAUAUUGUGAGGAGUCAUGGAGCUCUGUCUCAGGUGGUUUUGCUUUGGAGCAUAGACUCUGAUCCUGAUGGCGAUCUCGCCUUCACCUCCGGCAAUGUCACAUUUGAAAUUGGGCAAAAAAAUGCCAACAUCACAGUCGAAAUAUUGCCAGAUGAAGAUCCAGAGCUGGAUAAGGCAUUCUCUGUGUUAAUCCUCAGUGUCUCCAGUGGAUCUUUGGGAGUUCAUACUAACGCCACAUUGAUCGUUUUGGCUAGUGAUGAUCCUUAUGGGGUCUUCAUCUUUUCCGAGAAAAAUAGACCUAUUGAAGUUGAGGAAGCAACUCAGAACAUCACAUUGUCAAUAAUAAGGUUAAGGGGCCUCAUGGGAAAAGUCACAGUCACAUAUGCAACACUGGAUGAUAUGGAAAAACCACCUUAUUUUCCACCUAAUUUAGCCAGAGCAACUCAAGGAAGGGACUACGUACCAGCUUCUGGAUUUGCUCUUUUCAGAGCCAAUCAGAGUGAAGCUACAAUAACUAUUUCAAUUUUGGAUGAUGAGGAACCAGAAAGGUCAGAGUCUGUGUUUAUUGAACUACUCAACUCUACUUUAAUAGAGAAAGUACAGGAUCGACCAAUUCCAAAUUCUCCUCGCCUUGGGCCUAAGAUAGAAACAAUUGCUCAUCUAAUUAUUGCUGCCAAUGAUGAUGCCUUUGGAAUUCUUCAGCUCUCAGCUCCAAUUGUUCGAGUGGAAGAAAAUCACGUUGGACCCAUUAUCAAUGUGACUAGGACAGGGGGAGCAUUUGCAGAUGUUUCUGUGAAAUUUAAAACUGUGCCAAUAACUGCAAUACCUGGUGAAGACUACAGUAUAGCUUCAUCGGACGUGGUUUUGCUGGAAGGGGAAACCAGUAAAGCUGUGCCAAUAUAUAUCAUUAACGACAUUUACCCUGAACUGGAAGAAUCUUUUCUUGUACAACUGCUGAAUGAAACAACAGGAGGAGCCAAACUAGGGGCAUUAACAGAGGCAGUCAUUAUCAUUGAGGCCUCUGAUGACCCCUAUGGAUUAUUUGGUUUUCAGAUUACUAAACUUAUUGUAGAGGAACCUGAGUUUAACUCAGUGAAGGUAAACCUGCCAAUAAUUCGAAAUUCUGGGACACUCGGCAAUGUUACUGUUCAGUGGGUUGCCACCAUUAAUGGACAGCUUGCUACUGGCGACCUGCGAGUUGUCUCAGGUAAUGUGACCUUUGCCCCUGGGGAAACCAUUCAAACCUUGUUGUUAGAGGUCCUGGCUGACGACGUUCCGGAGAUCGAAGAGGUUAUCCAAGUGCAACUAACUGAUGCCUCUGGUGGAGGUACUAUUGGGUUAGAUCGAGUGGCAAAUAUUAUUAUUCCUGCCAAUGAUAAUCCUUAUGGUACAGUAGCCUUUGCUCAGUCGGUUUAUCGUGUUCAAGAGCCUCUGGAGAGAAGUUCCUGUGCUAACAUAACUGUCAGGAGAAGCGGAGGGCUCUUUGGUCAGCUCUUGUUGUUCUACAGUACUUCCGAUAUUGAUGUAGUGGCUCUUGCAGUUGAGGAAGGUCAAGAUUUACUGUUCUACUAUGAAUCGCCAAUUCAGGGGGUGCCUGACCCGCUCUGGAGAACUUGGGUGAAUGUCUCUGCCAUGGGGGAACCACAGUAUACUUGUGCCACUUUGUGCCUCAAAGAACACGCGUGCUCAGCAUUUUCAUUUUUCAGUGCCUCUGAGGGCCCCCAGUGUUUCUGGAUGACAUCGUGGAUCAGUCCAGCUGUUAACCACUCAGACUUCUGGACCUACAGGAAAAACAUGACCAGGGUCGCGUCUCUUUUUAGUGGUCAGGCUGUGGCUGGUAGUGACUAUGAGCCUGUAACAAGGCAAUGGGCCAUAAUGCUGGAAGGUGAUGAAUUUGCAAAUCUCACAGUUUCCAUUCUUGUGGAUGAUUUCCCAGAGAUGGAUGAGAGUUUCCUAAUUUCUCUCCUUGAAGUGCACCUCAUGAACAUCACAGCCAGUUUUGAAAACCAGCCAACCAUAGGACAGCCAAAUACUUCUACAGUUGUCAUAGCAUUAAAUGGCGAUGCCUUCGGAGUGUUUGUGAUAUACAGCAUUAGUCCCAACACCUCGGAAGAUGGAUUAUAUGUCGAAGUUCAGGAGCAGCCCCAAAGCACCGUGGAGCUGAUGAUCCACAGGACAGGGGGCAGCUUAGGUCAGGUGACAGUUGAAUGGCGUGUUGUUGGUGGAACUGCUACUGAAGGCUUAGAUUUUAUAGGCGCUGGAGAUGUUCUCACUUUUGCUGAAGGUGAAACCAAAAAGACAAUAAUUUUAACCAUUUUGGAUGAUUCUGAGCCAGAGGAUGAUGAAAGCAUCAUCAUUAGUUUGGUGUACACCGAAGGCGGAAGUAGGAUCUUGCCCAGCUCUGACACCGUUAGAGUGAACAUUUUGGCCAAUGACAAUGUGGCGGGAAUUGUUAGCUUUCAGACAACUUCCAGAUCUGUCAUAGGCCAUGAAGGAGAAAUUUUGCAAUUCCAUGUGGUAAGAACACCCCCUGGUCGAGGAAAUGUUACUGUUAACUGGAAAAUUAUUGGGCAAAACCUAGAACUCAAUUUUGCUAACUUUACUGGCCAACUCUUUUUCCCUGAGGGGUCACUGGAUAAAACAAUCCGUGUCCAUUUGCUGGACGACAGCAUUCCUGAGGAGAAGGAAGUUUACCAAGUCAUUCUGUAUGAUGUCAGGACACAAGGAGUUUCGCCAGCAGGAAUCGCUCUGCUUGACGCUCAAGGGUAUGCAGCUGUCCUGACUGUGGAAGCCAGUGAUGAACCACAUGGAGUUUUAAAUUUUGCUCUUUCAUCAAGAUUUGUUUUGCUACAAGAGGCUAAUGUAACAAUUCAGCUUUUCAUCAAUAGAGAAUUUGGAUCUCUAGGAGCCAUUAAUGUCACAUACACUACAUUUCCUGGAGUGUUGAGUCUGAAGAACCAGACAGAAGGAAACCUAGCUGAGCCAGACGUCGACUUUGUCCCGGUAGUUGGCUUUCUGAUUUUAGAAGAAGGGGUAACAGCAGCUGCCAUCAACAUAACUAUACUUGAGGAUGAUAUACCAGAACUAGAAGAAUAUUUCCUUGUGAACUUAACAUAUGUUGAACUUAUCAUGGCUCCUUUAACUUCAUUUCCUCCUAGACUAGAAAAGACUCAGUUAAUUCAUUACAGACUGAAAGAUUCAGAAGGCUUGACCGCACAAAUCAUAAUUGAUGCCAACGAUGGUGCUCGAGGCAUAAUCGAGUGGCAACAUAGCAGGUUUGAUAUUAAUGAAACCCAAGGACGUUUAACACUGGUAGCCCAAAGAAGCCAAGGGGCACUUGGCCACGUUUCCUUAUUUGUGUACGCCCAGAAUCUGGAAGCUCAGCUGGGGCUGGAUUACAGCUUCACCCCAAUGAUUCUUCAUUUUGCUGAUAGAGAAAGGUAUAAAAGUGUUGACAUCAUGAUUCUUGAUGAUGAUAUUCCAGAAGGAGAUGAAAAAUUUCAGCUGAUUUUAACCAAUCCUUCUCCUGGACUAGAGCUGGGGGGAAAUACAAUAGCCUUAAUUACUGUCCUUGCUAAUGAUGAUGGCCCUGGAGUUCUAUCAUUUAACAACAGUGAGCACUUUUUUCUGAGUGAGCCAACAGCUCUCUAUGUACAGGAGAGUGUUGCAGUAUUACACAUCAUUCGGGAGCCUGCACAGGGGCUGUUUGGAACUGUGACAGUUCAGUUCAUCGUGACUGAAGUGAAUUCUUCAGUGGAGUCUAAAGAUCUCACUCCUUCCAAAGGCUAUGUUGUUUUAGAAGAAGGUGUUCGAUUCAAGGCCUUACACAUCUCAGCUAUAUUAGACACGGAACCAGAAAUGGAUGAGCAUUUUGUUUGCACCUUGUUUAAUCCAACUGGAGGCGCUAGACUAGGGACACGUGUUCAAACCCUGAUAACAGUUUUACAAAACCAGGCCCCUCUGGGACUAUUCAGUAUCUCUGCAGUUGCAAAUAGAGCCACCUCUAUAAGUAUUGAAGAAGCCAACAGGACUGUGUAUUUAAAUGUUUCACGUACCAAUGGCAUUGAUUUAGCUGUGAGUGUGGAGUGGGAGACAGUGUCUGAAACAGCCUUUGGCAUGAGGGGAAUGGAUAUUGUAUUUUCCAUAUUUCAGAGUUUUUUUGAUGUAUCGGCUUCUGGCUGGUGUUUCUUUACUUUGGAAGAUUCAGUAUAUGGUAUAAUGUUAAGAAAAAUGUCCUCUACUCUUUACCGAUGGCAAGGGGUUUUUAUUCCACUUGAGGAUUUAAAUAUAGAAAAUCCUAAAACUUGCAAGGCCUUUCAUAUUGGUCUUUCUCCCUACUUUGUGAUCACUCAUGAAAAAAGGAAUGAACAAAAGCCUUCUGUUAACAGUGUGUAUACAUUCACAUCUGGACUCAAAUUAUACCUGGUACAAACAAUAAUUAUUUCAGAAAGUUCUCAAGUAAGAUAUUUCACUUCAGACAGUCAAGAUUAUUUAAUUGUUGCAAGUCAAAGGAAUGAUUCUGAAUUAACACAGGUCUUCAGAUGGGAUGGCAGCAGCUUCAUGUUGCACCAGACACUCCCUGUGCGAGGAGUGCUGAGCAUGUCCUUGUUCACCAGAGGAGGCUCCGUGUUUUUAGCCAUUUCCCAAGCUCAUGCCGGGCUCAAUUCCCUUUUACUCAGAUGGUCUGGCAGCACGUUUAUUAACUUUCAAGAAGUGCCGAUCAGUGGGACCACACAAGUCGAGGCCUUGAUUUCAGGCGAUGAUAUUUACUUACUUUUUGCCAAAACUGUGUCUCUAGGAGGUCAGAAUUCAAUUGAUAUUUUCAUCUGGGAGCCAGGACAGUCUUCUUUUAGAUAUUUUCAGUCUCUGGAUUUUGCUGCUGUUAAUAGGAUUCACUCCUUCACACCAGCCUCAGGAAUAGUCCACAUACUUCUUAUUGGCCAAGCUGUGUCUGCUCUUUACUGCUGGAAUUCAGAGCUGAAUCAGUUCUCUUUUGUUCUGGAAGCACCUUCUGCUCGUGAUGCAGCUUCUGUUACAGUCAAGUCUCUUAAUUCAAGCAAGAAUUUAAUUGCCCUAGUGGGAGCCACCCAUUCACACAUACAUGAGCUGGCCUAUGUCUCAAGCCAGUCUGACUUUAUUCCUAGUUCAGGUGAACUGAUAUUUAACCCUGGUGACAGAGAAGCUGUAAUUGCAGUAAAUGUUCUUGAUGAUACAGUUCCAGAGGAGGAAGAAUCCUUCAGAGUUCAGCUUAAAAAUCCCAAAGGAGGAGCAGAGAUUGGUAUUAAUAGUUAUGUAAAAAUAACUAUCCUGUCUAAUGAUGAUGCCUAUGGCGUUAUUGGAUUUGCUCAGAAUUCCUUGUAUAAGCAAGUGGAAGAAAUGGAGCAAGAUAGCUUAGUAACUUUGAAUGUCGAGCGCUCAAAAGGAACUUAUGGUCGUAUAACUGUAGCAUGGGAAGCUGACGGAAGUAGUAGUGAUAUAUUUCCUACCUCAGGAGUGAUUUCCUUUUCCGAAGGCCAGGCACUGUCUACAAUCACUCUGACUGUUCUUGCUGAUGAUGUACCAGAGUUAUCCGAGACUGUGAUCGUUACACUCAUCCACGUUAGCACGGACGGGGUCUCGGACCCGUCCAAAGGGGCCACCGUGGAUCAGACAAGAAAGAAGUCUGUGAUAACCACUCUGCCCAGUGACUCACCCCAUGGUGUGGUGGGCUGGCAGGCCGAGUCUCUCUUUGUGAAAGUAGCAGAGCCUAAAGAGAACAUCUCCCUUCUUCAGUUACAAAUUGUUCGAAAUAAAGGACUACGCGGAGAUGUGGCCAUUCACUUGAGCGCUAAACCCAACGUCUUACUGCCCAUCAAUAAACAAGCUACUGAGAAUGAAGAUUAUGUGCUACAAGAAACAAUAAUAAUAAUGAAAGAAAACAUUAAAAAAACUUAUGUGAAAGUUGCCAUUUUGCCGGAUGAUGUUCCUGAAUUGGAGGAAGGAUUCAUUAUCAACAUCACCGAGGUGUACCUGGUGAACUCUGACUUCUCUGCAGGCCAGCCCAGUGUUUGGAGGCCUGGGAUGGAAAUUGUUGAGAUAAUGAUAGAAGAAAAUGAUGAUCCAAGAGGAAUUUUUAAGUUUCAUGUUACCAGAGAUGCUGUUGGAGUUGUUACUGCCUAUGAGGUGCCUCCACCCUUGAAUAUUCUUCGGAUUCCUGUAGUCCGGCUGGCUGGGAGCUUUGGCACAGUCAAUGUUUAUUGGAAAGCAACACUGGACAGUGCUGGCCCAGAAGACUUUAAACCAUCUCAUGGGAUUCUUGAAUUUGCAGAUAGACAAGUUACUGCCAUGAUAGAAAUCACCAUUACUGAUGACACUGAAUUUGAACUCAUGGAGACUUUCAGUAUUUCCUUAAUCAGGGUGACUGGAGGUGGCAGACUUGGGGAUGACACUGUGGUAACUGUUGUUAUUCCACAAAAUGAUUCUCCAUUUGGAGUAUUUGGAUUUGAAGAAAAGACUGUGAUGGUUGAUGAAUCCCUUUUGUCUGAUGACCCUAAUUCGUAUGUGACGUUGACAGUUGUGCGGUCCCCAGGAGGAAAAGGGGCCGUCCGACUUCAGUGGACCAUAGAUGAGACGGCUAAGGAUGACCUCAGUCCUCUGAAUGGGACACUUCAUUUUGAUGAGACCGAGUCCCAGAAGACCAUUCUGUUGCACGCGCUCCGAGACACCGUGCUGGAGGGGGACAGGCGUUUCACCAUCCACCUGGUGUCAGUCGACCAGGCAGAAGUAUCUCCAGUGAAAGGUAGCGCAUCAAUAAUCAUUCGGGGAGAUAAAGGAGCUUCAGGAGAAGUUGGGAUAGCGCAGUCGUCUAGGCACAUCCUCAUUGGGGAGCCCUCAGCAAAAUAUAAUGGGACUGCUAUCAUCAGCCUUGUUCGUGGCCCAUCGACUUGGGGGGAGGUCACAGUGUACUGGAGGAUAGUGCCCCCAUCUGUGGGGGAGUUUGCUGAAACAUCAGGAAAACUGACAAUGAGAGAAGGACAGUCUGAGGCGAUUGUAGUGAUCCAGGCUUUGCAUGAUGACAUUCCUGAGGAGAAGCGUCUCUAUGAGUUCCAGCUCACUGGGAUCAGUGAGGGGGCAGUGCUGAGUGAAGCCAGCAGCACUGCCAAUGUCACGGUGGUGGCCAGUGACCUUCCCUAUGGCCGGUUUGCCUUUUCACACGAGCAACUCCGAGUAUCGGAAGAAGUACAAUGGGUGAACAUCACAGUCAUCCGUUCGGGUGGGUCCUUGCGCCCCGUGAGGCUCUGGUACGAGACAGUGAGUGGGAGCGCGGAGGCGGGCGUGGACUUCAUCCCUGCACCAGGUGCACUCCUCUUUGAAGCACAUGAGAUGGCGAAAAGCGUGCAAAUUGAAAUCCUUGAUGAUGACCUUCCUGAAGGCCCUGAGGAAUUUUCUCUAGUACUUACAAAAGUGGAACUCCUUGGAAGAGGCUAUGAUUUUACCAUCCAAGAAAAUGGACUUCAAGUAGAUCAGCCUCCUGAAAUAGGAAACAUCUCCACUGUCCGAAUCAUAAUAAUGAAAAAUGAUAAUGCAGAGGGCAUCAUUGAAUUUGACCCACGGUAUACUGCCUUCGAAGUGGAGGAGGAUGUCGGGCUGAUCACGAUCCCGGUGCUGAGGCUGCAUGGAACCCACGGCCGUGUGACAGCUGACUUCAUCUCUCAGAGCUCCUCCGCGGUGCCCGGUGGCGUCGAUUAUAUCCUGCACGGUGAUUCAGUCACGUUUCAGCAUGGGCAGAGCUUAAGUUUCAUCAAUGUCUCCAUCAUUGAUGACAAUGAAAGUGAAUUUGCAGAGCCCAUUGAAAUUCUGCUCAUUGGAGCUACUGGAGGAGCGGUCCUUGGGCGCCACCUAGUGAGCAGAAUCAUGAUCGCUAGGAGUGACUCUCCAUUUGGCGUUGUAAGAUUUCUUAAUGAAAGCAGAAUAUCUCUUCCUAAUCCCAAUUCCACAGUGAUUUUAUUCUUGGUGCUGGAGCGCACUGGAGGACUUUUAGGAGAUAUACAGGUGAACUGGGAGAUAGUGGGACCCAACUCUCAGGAGGCCCUGCCGCCCCAGAACAGAGACAUUGCCGCCCCCGUGAGCGGCUCCUUCCAUUUCGGAGAGGGCGAAGGUGGCAUGAGAACCAUAAUUCUGACCGUCUAUCCUCAUGAAGAAAUUGAAGUUGAAGAGACUUUUAUUAUUAAACUUAACCUUGUGAAAGGAGAAGCUAGAUUAGACUCCAGAGCCAAACAUGUGACACUAACAAUACAAAAGUUUGGUGAUCCCAAUGGCGUGGUCCAGUUUGCUCCUGAAUCUUUAUCUGUGAAAACCUACUUGGAGCCUUCAGCUCUGGAAGGGCCACUGAUCAUUACUUUCUUUGUCAAAAGAGUCAAGGGCAUUUUGGGAGAGAUUAAGGUUUACUGGGAAAUAAGUAGUCAGUUCGAUAUUACUGGAGACUUUCUUUCUACAAAAGGAUCUUUCACCAUUGCUGAUGGAGAGAGUGAAGUGAGCUUUGAUGUUCAUUUGCUACCAGAUGAUGUACCUGAGAUAGAGGAAGAGUAUAUGAUCCGGCUUGUUUCUGUAGAGGGAGGAGCAGAACUGGAUCCAGAAAAGUGCAUCACACGGUUCUCUGUUUCUGCCAGUGAUGACCCGCAUGGAGUGUUUGCUCUGUAUGCAGAUCGCCAGUCCAUACUUAUUGGGCAGAACCUUGGUAGAUUCAUCCAGAUUAAUGUAACCAGGCUUGCUGGAGCGUUUGGAGAUGUGGCUGUUGGAUAUCGAAUAUCCUCUGAUCACAAGGAGCAGCUGGUUGUUAUGGAGAAUGCUGAGAGGCAGCUGGUGGUUAGUGAUGGUGCCAGAUACCAAGUGGACAUGGUGCCAAUCAAGAGUCAGGUCUUUCUAUCCCUGGGCUCUAACUUUACUUUGCAACUGGUGACUGUGACGCUUGUUGGUGGACAUCCCUACGGUGUGCCAAAGAUUCUCCAGGGAGCGAAGUCCGCUGUGCUCCCUGUCCCCGAGAGAGCGGCCAAUUCUCAGGUUGGAUUUGAAUCUCCUGCUUUCUCACUCAUGGACGUCACUGCUGGAACAAGCCAAGUGGUGAUUUCUAGGAGAGGCACAUAUGGCUCCCUCGUGGUUGCCUGGGCAGCCGGAUAUGCUCCUGGGUUAGAAACCCCUGAGUUCGUUGUCGUUGGCAACAUGACCCCGAAACUGGGGAGCCUUUCGUUUUCCCAUGGAGAACAAAGUAAAGGUGUCUUGCUGUGGACGUUCCCCAACCCUGGCCAGCCAGAGGCCUUUGCUGUCCACCUCUCGGGAGUGCAGAGCAGUGCCCCUGGCGGGGCCGAGCUUAGACCAGGUUUCACCGUGGCUGAGAUUGAACCAAUGGGAGUCUUUCAGUUUUCCCCUAGUUCAAGAAAUAUCAUGGUGUCAGAGGACACAGAGGUGAUUAGACUGCAGGUGCAAAGGCUCUUCGGGUUCCACGGCAGUCUUGUCCAGGUCUCCUAUCAGACAACCGCGGGAAGUGCGGAGCCCCUGGAAGAUUUUGAGCCUGUUCACAAAGGGGAGCUGCUUUUUCAAAAAUUCCAAGCUGAGGUUCACUUUGAAAUAAUCAUUAUUAACGACCACCUUCCUGAAGUAGAAGAGUUUUUUUACAUUAACCUAACUUCUGUAGAAAUUAGAGGGUUGCAAAAGCUUACACAGACAAACUGGAGACCACGCCUGAAUCUAGAUUUCAGCGUGGCCGUGGUCACAAUAUUGGACAAUGACGGCCUAGCGGGGAUGGACGUUUCUCUUCCCAAGACAACAGCGGCUGUCACAGUUGACACAGAAGUGGACUCCUCUACCGCACACCCCGAUAUGACCGAGGUAACUGUUGUUCCACAGCCAACUGAAAUGGUCACCAUCGUCACUGAGGCAACUGGGAUCCCCGACAAACUUGUCGCCCUUCCUGGUGCACCUGCCACGUCGGACAAGCCUGACGUGGCCACGGUAACUGCAGAUGUUUUCAUUCAUGGAACAUUCAGUCUUGGGCCGCCUGUCGUGUAUGUUGAAGAGGAGAUGAGGAAUGGAACGUCGAACGUUGCAGAAAUUCUUAUCCGGAGAACUGGAGGGACGACUGGCAACGUCAGUGUAACAGUUAAAACGUUUGGCAAAAGGUCUGCCCAGAAGGAGCCAAAUGCACUGCCCUUUCUUGAUAUCUCUAGACUUUCCAACCUCACGUGGGCGGUCGAGGAAGAGGACUUUGAAGAACAAACUCUUGUCCUCAUAUUUGUAGAUGGAGAAAGAGAACGGAAAGUGUCGUUUCAGAUUUUGGAUGAUGAUGAGCCUGAGGGGCAGGAAUUCUUCUACGUGUUUCUCUCAGACCCUCGAGGGGGAGCACAGAUUGUGGAGGGAAAGGAUGACACUGGAUUUGCAGCUUUCGCCAUGAUUGUUAUUACAGGAAGUGACCUUCCAAAUGGCAUCAUAGGAUUCAGUGAGGAGUCCCAGAAAGGGCUCGAGCUGGGUGGAGCAGCCGAUAGGAAAAGACUUCAUCUCACUGUGACAAGGCAGCCAAAUAGGGCCUUUGAAGACGUCAAGGUCUUUUGGCGAGUCACAUUUAACAAAACAGCCGCUGUGCUCCAGAAGGAUGGUGUGAACCUGAAGGAUGAACUUCUCUCUGUGUCAGGGACUACAACGUGUACAGUGGGUCAAACAAAGUGCUUUAUCAUCAUGGAACUCAAACCGGGGAAGGUACCACAAGUUGAGGUGUAUUUUUUUGUGGAGCUGUAUGACGUAACUGCUGGAGCAGCAAUAAACAAUAGUGCCCGAUUCGCACAGAUUAAGUUCUUACAGAGCAGUGAACCUGGGAGCCUCGUGUAUUUUUCUGUGGGUUCUCGGCUGCCAGUAGCUCAUAAAAAGGCCACUUUAAUCAGUUUGCAGGUGGCCAGAGACUCUGGGACAGGACUAAUGGUGUCUGUUAACUUCAGUACCCAGGAGUUGAGGAGCGCUGAAACAAUGGGUCGUGCUCUCAUAUCUCCCGCUAUUUCCGGGAAGGAUUUUGUGAGAACUGAAGGCACCUUGGUCUUUGAACCUGGCCAGAGAAACACUGUUUUGGAUGUCAUCUUAACCCCGGACACAGGGUCUUUAAAUCCAUUUCCUAAACGCUUCCAGGUUGUGCUUUUUGACCCAAAAGGUGGUGCCAAAAUUGAUAAAGUGUACGGGACUGCCAACAUCACGCUGGUCUCUGACGCAGACUUGCAGGCCGUUUGGGGGCUUGCAGAUCAGCUCCAGCAGCCCCUAGAUGGUGACAUUCUCAACAGAGUGCUUCACAGCAUCAGCAUGAAAGUGGCCACAGAGAACACUGAUGAGCAGCUCAGUGCCGUGAUGCACUUAAUAGACAAGAUAACUGUGGAAGCAAAAAGUCAAGCAUUCAGUAUUGAAAAUCGAAAUCUAUUCUAUGAGAUUCUUUGUGCUCUUAUUAAUCCGAAGCGCAAGGACACCAGGGGAUUCAGUCACUUCAUUGAAGUGACUGAAAAUUUUGCCUUUUCUCUGUCAACUGAUGUUACCUGUGGCUCUCUUGGUGAAAAAGGCAAAACCCUCCUCGACAGCUGCCCGUAUCUGUCAAUACUGGCUCUUCACUGGUAUCCUCAACAAAUCAAUGGGCACAAGUUUGAAGGAAAGGAAGGCGAUUAUAUUCAAAUUCCAGAAAGGUUAUUGGAUGUUCCGGAUGCAGAAAUAAUGCCUGAGAACAGCCCAUGUGAAGUAGUCCAGUUUACAGAGUAUAGUAGCCAGCAGUGGUUUAUAAGUGGAAACAAUCUUCCUGCCUUGAAAAACAAGGUAUUAUCUUUGAGUGUGAAAAGUCAGCGUUCACAGCCCCUGACUGACAACAAUGAGAUUCUCUACAGGAUUUAUGCUGCUGAGCCUAGAAUUGUUCUCCAAACUUCUCUGUGUCUCCUUUGGAAUCAGGCUGCUGCAAGCUGGUUGUCUGACAGUCCGUUUUGCAAACUGGUUGAGGAUACCUCAGACUACGUGGAAUGUGCCUGUUCUUACAUGUCUGUGUACGCCGUCUACGCCCAGACCGACAGCUUGUCUUCAUACAAUGAAGCCUUUUUCUCUUCUGGAUUUAUAUGUAUCUCAGGUCUCUGCCUGGCCGUUCUUUCCCAUGUCUUCUGUGCCAGGUAUUCCAUGUUUGCAGCUAAACUCCUGACUCACAUGAUGGCGGCCAGCUUAGGUACACAGGUUGUGUUUCUGGCAUCUGCCUAUGCCAGUCCUCAACUCACCGAGGAGAGCUGUUCAGCCGUGGCUGCAGUCACACACUACCUGUAUCUUUGCCAGUUUAGCUGGAUGCUCAUUCAGUCCGUGAAUUUCUGGUACGUACUGGUGAUGAAUGAUGAACACACAGAGAGGCGAUAUCUGCUGUUUUUCCUUCUGAGUUGGGGACUUCCAGCUUUUGUGGUGAUUCUCCUCAUAGUGAUCUUGAGAGGAAUCUAUCAUCAGAGCAUGCCACAAAUCUACGGACUCAUCCACGGUGACCUGUGCUUCAUCCCAAAUAUCUACGCAGCUCUGUUCACUGCAGCUCUCGUUCCUUUAACGUGCCUCGUGGUGGUGUUUGUCGUGUUCGUCCACGCCUACCAGGUGAAGCCACAGUGGAAAGCAUACGAUGAUGUCUUCAGAGGAAGAACAAAUGCUGCAGAAAUUCCCCUGGUUUUGUAUCUCUUUGCCCUGAUUUCUGUGACAUGGCUUUGGGGAGGCCUGCACAUGGCUUACAGACACUUCUGGAUGUCAGUCCUCUUUGUCAUUUUCAACAGUCUGCAGGGACUUUACGUUUUCGUGGUCUAUUUCAUUCUGCACAACCAGACUUGUUGCCCCAUGAAGGCCAGCUACACAGUGGAAAUGAACGGGCACCCGGGACCCAGCACAGCCUUCUUCACACCUGGGAGCGGGAUGCCUCCUGCUGGAGGGGAAAUCAGCAAGUCCACCCAGAAUCUUAUCAGUGCUAUGGAGGAGGUACCACCUGACUGGGAGAGAGGAUCCUUUCAACAAGCCAGUCAGGCCAGUCCUGACUUAAAACCCAGUUCACAAAAUGGCGCCACAUUCCCUUCCUCUGGAGGAUAUGGCCAGGGGUCACUGAUAGCUGAUGAGGAGUCCCAGGAGUUUGAUGACUUAAUAUUUGCAUUAAAAACUGGUGCUGGUCUCAGUGUCAGUGAUAACGAAUCUGGUCAAGGCAGCCAGGAAGGCGGCACCUUGACGGACUCCCAGAUCGUAGAACUCAGGAGGAUACCCAUCGCCGACACCCAUCUCUAGCAGCACAGUAGACAUUAGAAUGAGGAUACCUUCAUAGUUGCACUGGCUUUGUGCUAAAACUCUGUAUGUACACGAGGCCACAUCGUAGGAGUCUGUGGAUUGUGUUGGAUUUAACCCAGAAGUGAUUGUUGUGUUGAAAUAUAAAUUGCUUAUCUUUACGCAACCUGAAAAUUCACUGCUAUAAUGAAAGACUGGAUCUAGUUAUAUCAGCUGAUAGACUGUACAUAUUCCAAGAAUAUUAGUUUUUUAAUCACCCUAUAUGGCUAACAUUGUUUAGUAAAAGUAAUAACCAUCAAUAAAAACAGUUGAAUCCAUGUGGCAUCACCUAGGUUCAUUAUUUAU